UCAUGAGCGGUCUGGGCUUCUGCAUCAGCUUCGGCAUACGCUGCAACCUGGGCGUGGCCAUCGUGUCGAUGGUGAACAACAGCACGGUGCACAAGGGCGGCCACGUGACCGUGCAGAAAGCCCAGUUCAGCUGGGACCCUGAGACCGUGGGCCUCAUCCACGGUUCCUUCUUCUGGGGCUACAUCGUCACCCAGAUUCCCGGGGGCUUCAUCUGCCAGAAGUUUGCGGCCAACAGGGUCUUCGGCUUCGCCAUAGUAGCCACGUCCACCCUCAACAUGCUGAUCCCCUCCGCUGCCCGUGUCCAUUACGGCUGCGUCAUCUUUGUGCGAAUCCUUCAGGGGCUUGUGGAGGGAGUCACGUACCCGGCCUGCCACGGGAUCUGGAGUAAGUGGGCCCCGCCCCUGGAGCGUAGCCGUCUGGCAACCACGGCCUUUUGCGGCUCCUACGCUGGGGCUGUGGUCGCUAUGCCCCUAGCUGGAGUCCUAGUCCAGUACUCGGGAUGGAGCUCUGUGUUCUACGUCUAUGGAAGCUUCGGGAUCUUCUGGUACCUCUUCUGGCUCCUGGUGUCCUACGAAUCUCCGGCCCAGCACCCAAGCAUCUCAGAGGAAGAGCGCAAGUACAUUGAGGACGCGAUCGGCGAGAGUGCCCGCCUCAUGAAUCCGCUCGUGAAAUUCAGCACGCCGUGGCGUCGCUUCUUCACAUCCAUGCCAGUCUACGCCAUCAUCGUGGCCAACUUCUGUCGGAGCUGGACGUUCUACUUGCUGCUGAUCUCUCAGCCUGCCUAUUUUGAGGAGGUCUUCGGGUUUGAGAUCAGCAAGGUGGGCCUGGUGUCCGCGCUCCCGCACCUCGUGAUGACUAUAGUGGUCCCCAUCGGGGGCCAGAUCGCAGACUUCCUGAGAAGCCGCCACAUUAUGUCCACCACCAACGUUCGCAAGAUGAUGAAUUGCGGGGGCUUCGGCAUGGAGGCCACAUUGCUUCUGGUCGUCGGCUACUCUCACUCCAAGGGCGUAGCCAUCUCCUUCUUGGUCUUGGCGGUGGGCUUCAGCGGCUUCGCUAUCUCUGGCUUCAACGUGAACCACUUGGACAUCGCCCCACGCUAUGCCAGCAUCCUCAUGGGCAUCUCCAACGGCGUGGGCACCCUCAGCGGCAUGGUGUGUCCCAUCAUCGUGGGGGCCAUGACCAAGCACAAGACCCGGGAGGAGUGGCAGUCGGUGUUCCUCAUCGCUUCCCUGGUGCACUAUGGGGGAGUUUUGUUCUAUGGCAUCUUCGCCUCUGGGGAGAAGCAGCCAUGGGCGGAGCCCGAGGAGCUGAGCGAAGAGAAGUCGGGCCUUGUCCAACAUGAUCAGCUAGCGGCCAGUAGUGAUGAGAGCGAUGGCCCAGAUGACCCUGCCUUCUCCUAUGCUGCUGCCUCUGGGGAGCCGGCUGCACCGGGAGCCCCACCAGGCCCGGGCCCAGCGCUGGGUCCUGGGCCCCCACCCUCCUACGGGGCCACCGGGAGAAGUCCUGCCCCACCCUCCUGGCCCCCAACUCCGAGGGACUACUGAUGCCCCCAUCCCGACGCUGUCCAGGGCCCCAGGACUCCAUUCCCAGUGGUUUCAAGUCACCCAGUUACCCCAAAUCGCACUUCGAUGUUUCUGCAGGGCUGCAGACUGGCAGUUUCCAGGACCCCCAAAAGGCCUUCUGGGUCUCUAAGCACCCCCUUCCCCUUUGCCUUUGUGGGUUUAUGAGCCUCCCACAGCCCCAGUAAUAAGGUUCCCUAGCAUAUCCUUUUCUUCUCAGUCAACAGAUCUAACGGGCUUGACUGUUGGUUUCAAGGCUAGUCCUUCUCAGGGGACACUCCAAAGCCUCCCUCAGUUUCCCAGGGGUUUCUAGACCGUUCCCCCCCCCCCCAAUCACUCCGGAGGACAGUCCCAUCAUCCCAAUCUUCAGAGAUUUCAGCCUAAACCUUGGAAUCAGGGGCCUUUCAUGUGAGUUUCAAAAUCCCUUCUCCAGGAAAUUCGAUUUCCCCCCUUCCUCUUUGCUCAGUUGAAUUUUUGCCAAUCACAGGAGAGGGUGGGGCCGAAGCCCCGCCCAUUCCUCCUCCCCCCUCCCAAUCCAUUCCAGGGAUUGAUUCUCACCAGCGUUUCUAUCAAAGAGCAGCGGUUUCAAACUCUCCUCUAGCAACGCCCCGACUUUCCCCAGCUAUUUCUUAGGGCCCUUCUGCUACAGCACUAACCAGUUGCCAGUUUUAACCGCCCCCCUUCAUGGUAAGAGGAGAUUUUGAAACUGCAACAGAGACCCCUCAGACCCCCUCAAGCCUCAGGCUCUCGUAGAAAAACCAUCAUCGCUCCAUCAGUUGUGGUUUCAAAGGUUUCCUACAAACAAAACCAAACUGGGGCCUUCUCAGACUUCCUAAUGGUGGUGUCCAGGUCCCCAGGAGCCACGUAGAGGGCGGUCUGGAGUUGAGCCCCGAGUAUCCUCCCCCGACCCUGGCCCCGCUAGCCUGCGCCUGUCCAGCUGAGGGGGCCCUUGGCAGUCGCAUUCACAGAUGGUCUGAGGCUCCCUUGCACUUUAUUACGCCCCUCCCCGCUUCCACCCUCCCGGUCAGGGGCCUUCGCUGUGGUCUCCCAAGCUUAUUUCCAAGGCCUUCUGGGCAGGAGGGAAUUACAGCCGGGCCCCUUGCCUUCCUAGUCCAAGGUUGACUAUGGUCCCGGAAGACUCUGACUGGGGCGAGGGUGGAGGGGCCAGUUUGUGAGUGUGUGAGUGUGUGCCAGGUCUGGUCAAAAUAAAAUACUGUCGUGUCAAUGUAGA